CAAACCGUCAGCCACAGGUGAAAGUGAUGAAGCUGUGAUGAGAGUGGGACACGGUCUCCGGCUCCAAACCAAAAGAAAAGCGAGGAGGGAAAAACGACCGCCGCGCCGCAACCCCCGCACCGAGACGCUUUAAGCUUUUUUUAUUUGGAGUUCAGAAAAAAACUCAAACAUGUCAGUCGGAUUGUUGGGCCCAAACGGGGAUCUCAUUCCGUCGGUUCGACAGCUCCCCAGGACCCCUCCUCUGAUGGAUGUGACGAGACACUUGGACUUCUGUAACGAUGACGAUCCAAACGAAGGUCGCGAGCAGCCGAAGCCGAGCGCCGAGGCAGAGGAACGUGACGCUGACAAGAGAAGGACGUUUGUCUUCCACACCCCCGAGACAAAGACAGUCUGUCUAGAAGACUCUUCUGAACCCACAUUCUCUGACUCCAUGCUGAAAGGGAUGAAGGGGUACCAGCUGACAGCGGGUGACCUGGACUUCCUCCAAAAGAUGAAGGAGGCGAAACUUAGUCGAGAGCUGCAGGGAGACCUGGAGGAAGGGCAGAGGUCAUUGAAGAAGGAAAAGAUGGCCUUGGAGCUUGCACGUGCCUCCAGGGACAAAGCACAGGCGGAACGCGACAAGUUUCCAUCCUGCGAAGAGUUCACCGAGUGGGCGACGUUGGUCCUCAAUGUGACAUCGCCGUUGAUCGACUUAGCAGGCCUAGAUACCAAGACUCUUCUUGCCAUGGUAACGGAAGCAAAAAUCCAGAGGGCCAUGGACGAGAAGAGGAUCGAACUCGCUCCGAUGGAGAAGAUGGUCGCAGACAAGAGGAAGGAAGAGGCUAAAGAGAGAGGACGGCUCGAAAAACAAAUUGCAACUGAACAGUUGAAGAUACAGGGGAUGAUGAACCAGAUAUCUGACCUGACGUCCGAACUUGCACAACAAGAGGAGGCCUAUAAUGUCUGUCAGAUGCUGCUCAAGACCCGCAAAGACAUCAAAGAGGAGGCAGGAGCAGGGGCGUCCUCUGAGAAACUGCACAUGAAACAUGGAAGACAGGAACGAAAGAAAAAGGAAAAGUUGCAAGACAAAACGAACCACAGUAAAUUAACGAGGAGUAAACGUGCAGAAGGUAAAAUAGACAACCAGGCCAAUGUGAAAGAAACUCAUCCAAAUAAGAGCACAAAUGAAACUCUGCAGACAUCAGCGACCAAGCAGGCGAAGCAAACGGCCGAAGCCGCGACAGACAAGUUGGCAAAGUCCGUCAAAGCAGCCAGAGGCCCGCUGAAGAGAGUCGAGGAGCAGGAGCCUAAGUCGCAGGAGUCCGUGCAAGCCGGGAGAGGGAGGAGGAAGACACCCUGUUCCACACAGGCCGCAGCGCCACAACCGACGAAUCCGACCAAAGCCAAAGCGGGGGAAGACCUGUCCACGUCGCAGCAGUUCACUCCGUCUCGCAGCCGAGGGAAAGCUGCUGCGGCUCAGCGCGACGCUGGAGUGCAGGCACAGGGCUCUGGUCUGAGAAGAUCCAAGAGGAUAGCAAGCAGGAGGUGAAGGUGCAUUGAAGAGCUCCACUGGCAGGCACCAGAAGAUCUCAAAUACUUAUGAAAUGCAAUAAUAUGUUGUAAAUAUUGUAAGUGUUUCAACGGGUUCUGGCAGAUGACCCUAUGACCCUUAUCUCUCGUACCAUCAAGAGGUUGACACCAGUGGGCUGAUAGUUUAUUUCAUUCUUUCUUUUAUGUUGCCCCUUCAGUUAAAAUUUUUAUUUAUCCAGCACUUUGCUUUACGACCAAAUGCCACGCUAGUGUUAGCAAUUUAAUUAAAGGUAGACUUGCACCAACAGCGUGUUUUUGUAUUUUAUCAUUCAAAGUUAUGUUUGGAA